UUUGGUUUGGUUGGGCGUCUUAUCUUAUUCUCUCUACAAACAACAAUAAGCCCUGUAAUUGGUGUCUACACUCUCACAGUCCACAAAUACAGCAGCAACAUGAAGGCUGGGCUGCUGGGAAUGCUGCACUCACCUCCUUGUGCUACCUCAGUUCCUCUCCGUCAUGUUAGAGCCAGGGUUACUUGUUCUUCUUCCUCUGGCCAUGUAUCAUUCAUUAAAGAUGUAGCUGCUACUCAACCACCUGAGAAUCUUCAGCACUUGCUUAAAAUGCUUCAAACUAGAGGUGAAACCAUAGUUUCUCCAGGAUCAAGGCACGGGUUAAUCCCCCUUGCCAUUCCUCUUUCAGAAAAUAUGUCAGGUUCUAUGACUGCUUUGCUGCGGUGGCCAACUGCUCCACCUGGAAUGGAGAUGCCAGUUGUGGAAGUUCGCAAGCAUGGGGUGUGGCUUCUAGCCAACAAUGUAGAUCAAUAUAUCCAUAGAAUCCUAGUUGAAGAAGAUGCUGAUGAAUCACAUGGAAGUAAUGGUGAAUUAUUUCAUGCUUCAUCUGAGGCUGGCAAGAAACUCUAUACUAGGGGUGAUUUUGCUGAAUCAAAAAUCUCCAAUCUUGAUGGUUAUCUCUUGAAAAAGGUUGGACUGUUUCCAGAUUUGUUGGAGCGAAAAGUUAUGCGACAUUUUGAGGAAGGGGAUCAAGUUUCUGCUUUGGUGACAGGGGAAUUCUAUACAAAGAAGGAUCUCUUUCCUGGAUUUGGAAGGCCUUUUGUAUUUAAUGCAGAGAUUUUGCUUAAAGUAGGGCGCGCAUCAGAGGCAAAAGAUUCUGCAAGGGUGGCUUUGAAAUCACCAUGGUGGACUUUAGGCUGCACAUAUCAGGAUGUUGCCAGUAUUGCACAGUGGGAGGAUGAGCAAAUCGAGUACAUCAAAGAGAAGGUGUCGGAAGAAGGUAGACAAGAAGACUUGAAGAAAGGGAAGGCUUUGGCUCAGGUAGCAUUAGAUGAGGCUGCUUUUCUGCUGGAUUUAGCUUCCAUUGAUGGAACUUGGGGGGACUAUCUGGACCGCAUCGCAGAAUGUUACAAAGAGGCUGGUCUCGGUGAAAUUGCAAAUUUUAUUUUGUAUAGAGAUUAAGAUUUGAGCAUGAGUAAAAAGAAACCAAUAGUUGAGAAGUUGCCAAUUUUUGAAUGACUUUAUUCAUAUAGAGAGGAAUAAUUUUAUUUAUUUAUUUAUUUUCGAGAAACUAUUGUUGUAUAGAGUGAGGUUGAAAAAUCAUCGAUGCAGACUCUGAUAGGUUCACUUGGAGAAUGUUAUUGCUUUCUUACUUAUGAUUUGUUCAGUUGGGAUGCUUCUUCUAUAUAUUUUCGUCUUCUUUC